GAUCUAUAGCCGGGAAAUGAUCACGGGUGCCCGUGUUUCUGUACUUUUACAGUCCCUUACCGAAGAAGCACGGCUUUCUUCCCAAACCUCCCACUCAGACUAUUCUCCCUUCGUUUCGAGGGCCCAAAAUGCUAGCACAGCUCUCUGUUGGCGCAAAACAAGUAUUAGAACUUUCUUCUCGGUUAACAGGGGGCGAUGAUGAUGAAGAUCAACGACUGGUCAUAAACCUCGAAGUUCUACUGCAGGACCUGUCUUUGCAAGUACCAGACGUGUGGCGACGCGUGGCAGCGCUCUACGGGGAGUCCAUACAUCCUGCAUGCAGCAACCUUCGGACCAUGCUCAGCGACGAUGUUGAGCGAAUGGAAAAGCUCUUCCUUAAUUUGGAGACACACGAUGACGAUGAUGACGACGUUGAUCCUUCAGCUUCUGAUUUGGAUCCCCCGUGUCCCAUGAACCUAACGCCAGACAUCUAUCGUGACUCUUCUAAUGAUGCCUCCACGUCCCGGAGUCAGCGGCGACGGUCCUGUUCGCCUUCGCCACCCAACUUUCAAGUUCCGAAAAUUGUCCUAACUCUAUGUCCUUCACAACCUCACGAAGUUUCGUGCCGCGUUCCGAUACAAGACAGUGCCUACAAUCAACGCCUUACGGUCCCUACGCACACCACAGUCAACAGUGUCUUCCCUCCAAUGCGCGCACGGUCGCCUCCUGUAAAGUCAGUAAAAGAUUGGGUAUGGCGAGAUGGGCAUUGGCAAGCGAUCCUCCCUGACUUGGAUGAACAGGCCAGACGAGGGAUGUUUUCGCGUCCGUCGUCGAAUGUCAGACGGAGGGCGUCGCGAUGCCGGACGUGCUGCAAUAUUCCUCAGCGAGCUUUGCACCAUUCAUGCGGACAUCACCGCUCAUGACUCCAGAAUGCAUCCGUGUUAUCUGAGGGAUCCUGUGUAUUAGUAGAUACCUUUCGAAGAUGUAUUGAGUACUUUCAAACUAGGAUUUCUAGUCAGAACUUUUUGCCGGUACCGGCUAUGUGUGGCAACCAAUCAGAAGCCCCUUUAGGAGACACGUCUGACACGUGGGUG